AUGGGCAAAUCCAAAGGUGCGGAAAUUUUCCCCUUUAUGCACGCACACUGUUGCUUCUCGAUUGAAUUUGUUCGAAUUUGGGAGGCCAAAGUAAAAAAAAUGUGCUGUUUUGUAGACAAGAAGGUUUCGCGGGAAGCCAAGGUUGAUAAGAAGCUGGCGCUUGGGCUUGGAGUGAAGAGGAAGCAGCUGAAGAAGAAGAAGGAUAGAGUUUUAGAUGCUGCCGUUGAGAGCGAGGGCGCUGCCGGACAUGCUAUCGCGGAAGGAAGCAAGAAGAUUGUAUUGGUGAAGCAAAAGAAGAAAAUUAAGCAUGCCAAAGUAACAAGCUGUUGUACCAAGGCUCAUAAUUUGGUGACUCUCAAUGAGGAUGAGGCAACACCUAAGCUGAAGAAGAAGAAUAAGAGCAAAAAACAGCUAAAGGAAAGCAAAAGUCCUGUUGAGGUACAAAGUCCAUUGGACAGUAAUGAUACUGGAACACUUAAGCUGAAGAAGAAGAAAAUGAAGGUGAAGGAAGGGAAGAGCUCUGUUGAGCCCAAUGAUGCAGAUGAUAUCCUGCAUGAAAAUCUAGAUGAAGAAACUCUAAACGCUGAUGUCAACCAACUUGCAGCAGAGAGUGAAGUUAUGGAUAUUGGGGAACCAGAAAAGGCAAAGAAACGAAAGAAAAAUAAGACAGCUGAUGUCAAACAAGUUGCAGAAGAGAGUGAAGUUAUGGACAUUGGGGAACCAGAAAAGGCAAAGAAACGAAAGAAAAAUAAGACAAAGAAAGUAAAGCAAUCUGGGGAAGUCAACAGGACUGAUAUGCAGGUAUCAGUUAGAGAGGACAAUUUGGAGGAGCAUGAAGUUGAUACCGCAGAUGUUGAUGAGAUUGCAUCAGUCGAUGAAGACUGUUCCAGAGGAAUGAAAAAAUGGAUCUUGGAGUACAGACAGAAACGGCCAGGCUUGAAAGUCUUGCAGCAAAAUAUAGAUGUGUUUAUAACUGCACAUGAGGAACAACAAGAGCGGGAGAAGAAGGAAAGAGAGGCAGCAGCUGCAGAAGAUGGGUGGACAGUUGUGAUGCAUCAUAAAGGUAGGAAGAAGACUACAGAUGUUGAAACUGGAACAGCGGUUGGCUCUGUAUCUCUGGCUGCAAUGCAAGAGAAAAUGGCUCAGAAGAAACCCAAGGAAGUUGGCCGGAACUUCUACAGACAUCAGAAACGAGAAGCUCAAAUGAGUGAGCUGGCGAUGCUGCAGAGCAAGUUCGAGCAGGACAAGAAGAGGAUACAGCAGCUGCGGGCUCAAAGGAAAUUCAAGCCUUACGGAUUUUGA